AUGCCUGUCUUCAGAAACCUCGUGCUGUUGGUUCUACUCGCGUGCAUUGCGCAGCAUGUCUCCGAAGCGGGGAGUGACAAGGGUCGCGAGAAGAAGGGUAAAACAGACGGGGCUGACAGUAGCAGCGGUUCUAGAACUCCAAGAGGUAACGACAAUGCGCCAAAGGGAAAGUUUACAACCAAGGACAAGGCGCAGUGCACGUGGAAGGCAGAAGGCACCGAAACUUCCAUUAUGACCAUCACUUGCAAGAAAGGCAAAGAAACUAGCGGGUGCACAUAUACCGCUAGACCUGACACUUGCCCCGGUUAUUCCGGGAAUACCAAAGGAUACUGGAAACAAAUUGCACGUGCUUUGAAGAAGCAAAAGAAACUCUGCCAAGACCCCAGUGCUCUCAUUAAGGCUGGCAUGUGCAAGCGCGCGCCACAGGACGCACACUUCAGGCUUCAAGACUCAACAACAAACGUGGACUCGGCCAAAGCCGUGGCAACCAGAAAGCCCGUCGAAGCCCGACAGGUGCCGACGUCUACAAAGAGGACAACCACAGUCUCUGCGCCAGCCUGCACAGAGCGCGUCGAUCAUCAGAAGCUAGCCGAGGAGAAAUGCGGGAGCUGGGCUAGUCUCUGUAACUUCCUAUUUACCAUUGUACAGAGUGGGGACUGCUAG